AUGUCAAACGCAGCGGCGGCGUCGGCGGCGCCGACCGGACAGGUUUCAGCGGAACCCUCUGACGACGGCUACAGGAUGCAGCUGCCCCAACUCCCGCAUGAAAGGCGGCUGGAGGCGACGGUGUUUCUACACGGUGACCUGCGCGGGAGGCCGUACAGGACCCAGGACUUCACUGAGGCGCUGGAGGAGACCGUGGGUAUGAAGCACGUGGUGGGGCUGGGAACCUUCCAGUACAACCGCGUGCUGAUUUGCACACUCGACAACGCCGAGGCGAAGAAGCGUCUCGCUGCAUUCAGGGAGCUCACUGUGAAGGAAAGAAGGUGCGUCAUAUCAUUGCCUGGCCGACCGCCGCUGUGUCUCCGCUGCAACCAGCUGGGGCACAUGGGGAGGCAGUGCCAGGCUCCUUGGUGCCGCAGGUGUCGUGGAUAUCCCCACUUCGAGAUUGAGCGCGUGCGGACAUACGCGGCCAAAGUCAGGGUCAGAGUUAAUGCGGCCCCCGAAGACGUACUUCUGGAGGACGGUGACGGGCCAAUGCAGCUUGUAUUCACGGAGCCGCUGCCGCCGCUCCACGCCGAUGAUACAUCGCGGGAUUCAGGCGAGCAUCCGGAAGCGACGAAAGGAGAGUGCGAUGUCGAGGAAGACAACGGGAAAGUGGCACAGAUCGACGACGUCGUUCAGCUGAGAGACGGGCCGACGGCAUCCGCUGAAGCAACCGGCUCGACGCCGGCACCGAAGUCGGCUGCCCCUUCAGCGGAGGCAGCCGCUCCGUGCAACUUCCCCAACCGAGCGGCCCAGUUUUAUUACGCCUGA